CCUGCUCCUGUCUCUGUCACUCACAGGGCUGGCCAGGCCUGGGCAACCAUGGCAGCCGCACUGAUCUGGAUUCCUCUCCUUGCCGGUCUCUUAGCAGGGCUGUGGGGCACCGAGGCCCAGCAGACCACUCUGCACCCCGUCGUGGGCCGCGUCUUCGUGCACACCUUGGACCACGAAACCUUCCUGAGCCUUCCUGAGCACGUCGCUCUCCCCCCCACCAUCCCUGUCACCUACCAUGCUCACCUCCAGGGACACCCAGACCUGCCUCGCUGGCUACGCUAUACGCAGCGAAGCCCCCACCAUCCUGGCUUCCUCUAUGGUACUCCCACCCCGGAAGAUCGUGGACGCCAGGUCAUCGAGGUCACAGCCUACAACCGGGACAGCUUUGACACCACCCGGCAGAGGCUGGUGCUGUUGAUUGGGGACCCAGAAGGACCCCUGCUGCCAUACCAGGCUGAGUUCCUGGUGCGCAGCCAUGAUGUGGAGGAGGUCCUGCCCUCAACACCUGCCAGCCGCUUCCUCAUAGCUUUGGGGGGCCUCUGGGAGCCUGGGGAGUUCCAGCUGCUCAAUAUCACCUCUGCCUUGGACCGUGGGGGCCGUGUCCCUCUUCCCAUCGAAGGUCGCAAGGAAGGGGUGUACAUCAAAGUGGGCUCUGCCUCACCCUUCUCCACCUGCCUGAAGAUGGUGGCGUCUCCCGACAGCCAUGCUCGCUGUGCCCAGGACCAGCCUCCACUUCUGUCCUGCUAUGACACCUUGGCACCUCACUUCCGUGUUGACUGGUGCAAUGUGUCUCUGGUGGAUAAAUCGGUGCCAGAGCCCGCAGAUGAGGUGCCCACUCCAGGGGAUGGGAUCCUGGAGCAUGACCCGUUCUUCUGCCCACCCACUGAGGCCACAGCCCGAGACUUCCUGACCAGUGCGCUGGUCACCCUCCUGGUACCUCUGCUGGUGGCCCUGUUGCUCACCCUACUGCUGGCCUACAUCAUGUGCUGCCGGCGGGAGGGACGGCUGAAGAGAGAUCUGGCCACCUCUGACAUCCAGAUGGUCCACCAUUGCACCAUUCACGGGAACACGGAGGAGCUGCGACAGAUGGCAGCUAGCCGAGAGGUGCCCAGGCCACUCUCCACCCUGCCCAUGUUCAACGUGCGCACAGGCGAGCGGCUGCCUCCCCAGGUGGACAGCGCCCAGGUGCCCCUCAUCCUGGACCAGCACUGAGGGUCUGCCCAGGUGG